AAUAGUUUAAUAGUAGCGCGGUCCCCAUACGGCUGUAAUCAGUGAAUUAGAAAAAAAACACCCCAGCAGCGAUCUUCUAUGAUAGAUUUUUUUUUCCUUCGCGCUCGCCUUUUUCCUGGGCCUUGCCCCCCCAAAGCCCCUCCAAAAGAGGGAACUUUUCCUCCGAGGGGGCUCCAAGGAGAAGGCCAUGAAUUACGAAUUUGAGCGAGAGAUUGGUUUUAUCAAUAGCCAGCCGUCGCUCGCUGAGUGCCUGACAUCUUUUCCCCCUGUCGCUGAUACAUUUCAAAGUUCAUCAAUCAAGACCUCGACGCUUUCACACUCGACACUGAUUCCUCCUCCUUUUGAGCAGACCAUUCCCAGCCUGAACCCGGGCAGUCACCCUCGCCACGGCGCUGGCGCUGGCGGCCGCCCCAAGUCGAGCCCCGCGGGCAGUCGCGGCAGCCCGGUGCCCGCCGGCGCCCUGCAGCCGCCUGAGUACCCCUGGAUGAAGGAGAAGAAGGCGGCGAAGAAAACCGCGCUGCCGCCCGCCGCCGCCUCCACGGGCCCUGCCUGCCUCGGCCACAAAGAAUCCCUGGAAAUAGCUGAUGGCAGCGGCGGGGGAUCCAGGCGUCUGAGAACUGCUUACACCAACACACAGCUUUUGGAGCUGGAAAAGGAAUUUCAUUUCAACAAGUACCUUUGCAGACCCCGGAGGGUGGAAAUCGCAGCGCUGCUGGAUUUGACCGAAAGACAAGUGAAAGUGUGGUUUCAGAACCGGAGGAUGAAGCAUAAGAGGCAAACCCAGUGCAAGGAAAACCAAAACAGCGAAGGGAAAUUUAAAAACCUGGAGGACUCAGACAAAGUGGAGGAAGACGAGGAAGAGAAGUCACUCUUUGAGCAAGCCCUCAGUGUCUCCGGGGCCCUUCUGGAGAGGGAAGGUUACACUUUUCAGCAAAAUGCGCUCUCUCAACAGCAGGCUCCCAAUGGACACAAUGGCGACUCCCAAACUUUCCCAGUUUCGCCUUUAACCAGCAAUGAGAAAAAUUUGAAACAUUUUCAGCACCAGUCACCCACUGUUCCUAACUGCUUGUCAACAAUGGGCCAGAACUGUGGAGCUGGCCUAAACAAUGACAGUCCCGAGGCCCUCGAGGUCCCCUCUUUGCAGGACUUUAAUGUUUUCUCCACAGAUUCCUGCCUGCAGCUUUCAGAUGCACUGUCGCCCAGCUUGCCAGGCUCCCUGGACAGUCCUGUAGAUAUUUCAGCUGACAGCUUUGACUUUUUUACAGACACGCUCACCACAAUCGACCUGCAGCAUCUGAAUUACUAAGAACAUUAAAGCAAAACAAAGCUUCACAAAAACAAAACGCCUUUGACCAGGUGGUUUUGCCUUCUUUUAUUCCGGGAGUUGAUUUUUAUUUUAUUUUCUUCUUGAUCUACCCCCUACUCUCUUAAAUGUUGAGGACUUUCCAUUUAAUGGUCUCCCCUGACCCAGUUUUAAAGCCAUCUUACAAAUUAUGUUGGCGUUCCAAGCAUUUUACACCGAACCCAACAAGCUUCUAUGUGAUUUUUCCUGAAGACAAAACACGAGGCCUGCGAGAAAGUGACCAUAAAUUGUCUUGUCACUUUCUUGUUAUUUUUGUACCACAUUAGGAUGCAUUGUCAUGAGUAUUUUUGGUAGAAUAAAUUCUCCUUUGCUAUAA